CAUACAUAUGCUGCUAACCCAGAGCUUCUUCCUUCCUGUCUGUUUUAAACCAGAAUUAUUUAUUUCACAGACAGAUGGAGUAAAGUGAACGCUUCAGAAAAAGAAUGUUGUGGUGUUCACAUUGCGGAGUUCUUGUUCCUCCAAUGAGAGAUGAUCAUCAGUUUGUAUCAUGCAGUGGUUGUGGAAAAGUGCUUAUCUAUCGAGAUGCCAGUACAGGUGAACCUACUUUGGUCAAAAGCUCCGGAAGAAAGGGCCGGAGGGCUGGCUCUUCUUUAAAAUCGGUUUCAAGUGACAAUUCACAGUCAUUUGAAGGUCCUUUAAACGAGGGACUGUGGUCAAAACGAGCUGUCGGUGCCAAUCCUGCUAUGCUGCUCAAGAUCAAGAAGCAUGCUCCUAGUUCGAGGAAAAAGUCCAAGGCAAUAAUAAUUCAUGCUGGUGAUGCCAAAGGACAAAACCCUCUCACCAUAGAGCAUGAAUCAGACAUCACUGAAAAUGACUUCAAAUUGAGGCAGGAUUAUGAAAAUGUUAAAGAGGGAGGUGAUGGAAGGCUAGCAAAUUAUAAAUCGCCCGUUCCGAAUCAAGAAAAUAUUCAUGAAUCUACCUAUGAUGCUGAUGAUGAUGCUGAUUGUGAUUAGGGAUGUUGGAUGUUUAAUGUGUCUUAUAUGCAACUGUGUUAGGCUGCUCAUACAUCUGUGCGAAAAUCAUGUUCCAUAUACCAA